AUGUCGCAUCAGGAGAACACCAAUAAUGUCCCCGACGAACACCGUGUUCACAGGACCGGCUCCUGGCUUCCGGCAGACCACCGCGUCCACAAGAAAUGGUUAGCGGGCAUCAUCGAGCGCGUGGAAAACAACCCUCAGGAGCUGCAUCCUGUUUUGCGAGAGCUCAAAGACAUGAUCGAAAACAACGCACGUAUCUACAUUUUGAUCAACUCCAUGUUCGAGGAGAUACCUACGAAGAAACCGUAUAAGAACGAUCCAGUGGGUCAUAAGCAGGUCCGCGAUUACCAUCACAUGCUGGAGCUGUUCAAUCAUAUUCUUACAACGGCACCUGAAUGGAGCGACCACGAGUACUCUGUUGGGAUGGUGGGUACGCCAUUCAAAGCUAUCCUCGACUGGCCGAUGGGCACGCCGUCUGGAUUCGCUUUCUUUCUGGAUCCAGAAGUCAACAAGAUGAUCAAGAAGGUCCUCAACGCAUGGGCAGAGUUUCUCGCCUCGCCAUCGUCAGCAUACGUGCUCAGUGACGACAAGAUCGGUUGGCUCAGUGAUCACGGCACUCACGAUCUCGCAUUGACAGCGAACGUUGGCCAAACGUCUUACGCUUUCGAAGAACUCUUCCACUGCGAUCCUUCCAAGAAGCACCAUGGGUACAAGUCCUGGGAUGACUUCUUCACGCGCCACUUCCACGAAGACAAGCGGCCCGUCGCAAGUCCUGAUGACGAUAGCGUCAUCGCUAAUGCUUGCGAAUCGAAGCCUUAUAAGGGUCAACCUUAUUCGCUCAUGGACAUGCUCGCCAUGGACCCACUGCACGAACAAUUCAUCGGAGGCACUAUCUACCAAGCCUUUCUUUCUGCGCUGAGCUACCACCGCUGGCAUGCGCCUGUUAGCGGCAAGGUAGUCAAGUCGUACCUCGUUGAAGGUACCUACUUCUCUGAGCCACUGUUCGAAGGUCUUGGUGACCCCUCAGCUGGGGGCGAUAUCAACGAGGGCGGCGAGAAGACAGGCCAAGGCUAUCUUACCGCUACGGCUACACGCGCUAUCAUCUUCUUUGAAGCUGAUAACAAGGAUCUCGGCUUGGUGUGCUUCAUGGGCAUUGGAAUGACUGAGGUUUCGACGUGCGAGACCACUGUCAAGGAGGGCCAACAUGUAAAGAAGGGCGAUGAGAUUGGGAUGUUUCACUACGGUGGAAGUACGCACUGUAAUCUUCAGGAAGGGUGUGGAGUUGGAGGGAUUUCCGGAUACGCAGAACGCUGA